AUGCAAGUGUCGGUUCUCGGCUGCACUUUCCUCACGCUGUCAGAUCGUGAGGAAAGUACUGCCGAGAACCGGCAGUUGUCAGAGCGAGGAUCGGCACCGAUCAUCAGGCCACUGAUGAUCAGUGCCUUGAUGAUCGGUGCCCAGCAGUGCCACCAACAAGUUCCGCCCACCUGUGCCCAGCAAUCACCCACCUGUGCCCAGCAGUGCACCCACCUGUGCCCAGCAGUGCACCCACCUGUGCCACUCUGCAGUGUCACACACCUGUGCCCAGAAUGCCCACCCACCUGUGCCCACCAGUGCCACCCACCUGUGCCCACCAGUGCCACCCACCUGUGCCCA